GGGCUGAGUUGCGGUUGAGAGGGACGAGGAAAACGAGACCACGCCCCACACAAGCAGCUGCGUUCUUUGCCCUUUGGCCGUGGUUAGGUCCCUCCCCUCCGGUGUUUCGGCCAAUCAGGUAGCGCCCUGUUGGCCGAGCCGGUUUGCACGCAGCUGAGACCAAGAUGGCGGCGGUCUGGAUGCAGAAGGAUAGCCUGGUGGGGGCCGGUGGGAGGUUGUUUCUCGCGGCGUUGCUCUGUAUGGGUAGCUGCUGGCUUCCCGCUACAGAUGCUACCGGCCAGAUGGAAAGCGGAGCUGCUGGUUCUACGGCGCCUCAUCGGCGGUUCGAGUAUAAAUACAGUUUCAAGGGACCGCACUUGGUGCAGGGGGACGGGUCGGUGCCUUUCUGGAUGCACACGGGCAAUGCUAUACCCAGUGCUGAUCAAAUAAGAAUAACUCCAUCAUUAAAAAGUCAGAGGGGAUCAGUAUGGACAAAAAGCAAGUCUAUAUUUGAAUACUGGGAGAUUGAAGUGACUUUCCGAGUGACAGGGAGAGGGCGAGUAGGAGCUGAUGGACUGGCAGUGUGGUUUACAGAAGACCAAGGCUUAGAUGGUCCUGUUUUUGGAGCAGCGGAUAACUGGAAUGGUGUUGGCAUCUUCUUUGAUUCCUUUGACAAUGAUGCAAAGAAAAACAACCCGGCAAUUGUUAUUGUUGGCAACAAUGGCAAGCUCCAUUAUGACCAUCAAAAUGAUGGUUCCACGCAAGCAUUGGCGUCAUGUCAAAGAGAUUUUCGGAACAAGCCUUACCCUGUCCGAGCAAAGAUCACAUACUACCAAAAGACACUGACCGUGUUGAUCAACAAUGGCUUUACUCCAGACAGAGACGAUUAUGAGUUUUGUGCCAAGGUGGAAGAUAUGGUGCUUCCUUCACAGGGAUACUUUGGGAUCUCUGCAGCAACUGGUGGACUUGCAGAUGACCAUGAUGUCUUAUCUUUCCUGACUUUCCAGUUGACAGAGCCUGGCAAAGUAGCGUCAUUGAUGCUGAAUCUUUGGCCUCCCCCUGAUACCGAAAUUCCUGAAAAGGAUAAAGAGAAAUACCAAGAAGAGUUUCAGCAUUUCCAACAAGAGCUGGACAAAAAGAAGGAGGAGUUUCAGAAGGAGCAUCCUGACAUGCAAGGGCAGCCUACGGAUGAUCUCUACGAGACAGUGAGCGAUCGUGAGCUUAGGCAAAUCUUUGAAGGCCAAAAUCGGAUUCAUCUUGAAAUAAAGCAACUCAACAGACAGUUGGACAUGAUUCUGGAUGAGCAGAGGAGAUAUGUCUCUGCGGUGACAGAAGAGAUUUCCAAAAGAGGAGCUGGUGUCCCAGGCCAGCAAGGGCAGGUCUCCCAACAAGGGCUUGAGAAUGUCGUGAGAACUCAAGAGGAGGUUCUGAGACAAGUCAAUGAAAUGAAAAACUCUAUGGGCGAAACACUGAGGCUAGCCAGCAGCAUUCAGCAUCCUGGUUCUGCUGGUGGAAUCUAUGAAACAACCCAGCACUUCAAUGAUAUCAAGGAGCAUCUCCAUGUAGUGAAAAGAGACAUUGAACAUCUAGUCCAGAGGAACGUGCCAUCAAAUGAAAAACCCAAAUGCCCAGAGUUGCCACAGUUUCCGUCAUGUUUAUCAACAACACACUUCCUUAUAUUUGUAGUAGUCCAAACAUUACUGUUCAUUGGUUACAUCAUGUAUAGGAGUCAGCAAGAAGCGGCAGCUAAGAAGUUCUUUUGAUGGCCAGUCAGUGUGCAUUCAGUGUGUGCAUCCAGACUUUUACAUGAGUUGCAAAUGAGGGAAGCUUUAGUGUUUAAAAUGCUUCAAUAUUUUAAAUUGAGUGUUUUACUGAAUACACUGAAUUCCAGAUAAAAUGUAAAAUUGGCAAUAAUGCUGAAGCAGAAAUGAGGCCUUGGGUUUCCAAUAGAAGCUGAAAUAAGCCCCUUAACUCUGAUGUCAGGAUACUUCCCAGGCAGAACUGGAGCCAUGGUCCUGUUCACACUGAUGAUUACAUUAUCCGAUUUGAGGGAGGGGGGGAGGGAACAGGAGUACAUGCUGUAAAAUAUUUGUUACAUAUCAGAAUUAUUUGGGGUUGGAAAACUUAAAAUUGCAUUCCGCUUCUGUUUUAUGGAAAGAGGUUGCAAAACUUUCUUUCAUAGUGUGGACAAUAUCAGCCUAGUAUGUUGCACUGUGCAGAGAUAGUGAUCAGUGGAGGCAUUUAAUUAAGAAGUCUCUAGAACAAUGACCCCAUGAACCAAUGCUGGGUAGAAUUUUCUUGUGAGGAGACAACCAGAGAAAAUGAAUCUACUGAAAAUUGUGGUCCUUUCAAGCAUGUUUUGGUACAGUUCUUCUGACACCGACCAUACUUUCGUAAAAGUAUUCUUUAACCUCUCUUCAGCGAAGAGAACUUAGCUUGCAUGACUUCUAAAAAAUCAUCUCAUUCAAAGCACAUGAUAUUGUGAUGGUCUCCUUUUAAAAUAGUCACUGAGCAGUAUUGAAAACCAUGCAGAUCUUGCAGUGGCCCCUUCAGAUUGUUCUCCAAACUGUUGCAUGUCUUCACCUGGGAGCAUUGUGCAUACACAAUAACUGUGUUCUUACAUGCUGACACAUAGUUAAUACUUUCUAUUUUUACUAAAGCAGUCUUGUUUAUAAUGCACCUAAAGUAUUUUGUGCCUCUCAGCCUUAUUGUGUAAACAUUAUUUGGGAAUCCCGCCAAAGGAAAAUAUGGAUUUAUUCUGCCUUGUUUACAUCUUAUAAUUUGCCCAUGUUGCCUUCAAGUUAUUUUUAAAUGGCCAGGAGAAAUUGUAGACCUCUAAUAUCCUUUAAAUUACUGUAUUUCUAACAAUACUGGACUUUAAACUGAGAAUUGUGACCAAUCCUAUUCUAGUUGUGGUAAGGUCUUUGAUCCAGCAGAAGUUGCUGUCUACAGAAGGGCAAGGGGGUGAUUUUUGCAAAUUUCCCCUUUCUCCCUUUACAUCACUUCCCACACUUUUCUGGAGGAUUUCCCAACCUUCUGGAGGAGGUUUUUUGGGGGGGCAGGGGUGGGGAGAUAGGCACUACAGGCAGCAGAGUGAACGAGGGAUUGGCAAAAUUUCCCUUCCUUUCACAGAAGGCUGCAAACAGAAGAACAGUUUCGGAACCGACCUGAACAUAUUUUUUCCCAAAAGGCAGCAACAGUCUACCAUAUUCAGUAUUACAUGUGUUAAAGGCAUUACCCAUGUCAACUUUGAAGAAUUGAACAAAUCUAUGCAAUAGUACUCUCCUUCUCAAAUAUAACCUCCCUUCUCUCUGUCAUGACAUUGGCAGCAUUAUGUGAUGAAUUGUAAAUGGUAGCGGUUUCUUAUCAAGUUUUUAUUUACAGCUUGUUGAACAGCCUGCUGCUCAAAACUUCAAUACACAAUUUGCAAACAAAGACAUAUAAACAGCAGCAUCGCUUUAAGCCAACCAAAACCAUACAAGAGGGCAUUGAGCCUGCUCAGAUUCACACCAGCAAGUAUUUUUACAGGUGCCUUGGACUAAAUGAAUACAUGAAAACUACCAUUUUUAAAAAGUGUGAUCUUCUCAAGGUUUGCUCCCACCAGCACCAAAGGAGGUACAGCUUCUACUGCAGAAAGACUUUUCAGUGCUUUUUAUGCUGAAAGAACUUAUUCCAGUGGAAUGUUUCUUUUUAAAGUAUAGCUAAAGAAAUGAGAAUCUGCUUGUACAUUGCAUCUGUUUCUUGUUUCAAUAUAAUGUGACUCCCAGCUGUGAUGCAUUCAAUUUGAGAAUUAAAAUAUUGAAGCAACCGGUGGUGUUGUAAUCUUGUGUCCAGAUGGGAUAAAACCAGAACUUGAAGUAACAUGUAGCCUGGCGAUUAAUACCAGAGCAAUGCUUUUUUCCUUUUUUUUUUUUAAAGCUGCAGCAUUUUGACCUUUGUCUUGAAUGGGGAGUAAAAAGGCGCCCAAAAUAAACCCCCUUUCACAAGGUGGUGUUCCAAACUGAUGCAUCUUGACUUUGCUCUAGCAACAACAAAAAAGUAGCAAUUUGCUAGAUAAUCCUUGCCACUUCUGCACACCUGCCUGGCACGCUUACUUCAAAAUGAACUUAGUCCCACUUGAAGUUCAAUGGGAUAUAGAUCAAGCACAUUUUCGUCUCAGUCAUACUUCUCCUUGUUCUGGCAUGUAGUCUAAUGCAAGCACAUUUUCUAAAAGGAUAUUUGUGUUUGCAUUUCUGAUUGGUGUAUAUACUAUUUCUUAGACUGCAGAAUAUAUUAUGAACGUUCAAACCCAAUUUAAAAAGCAACUCGCAUCCAAUUGGUGCUAUAUUAAUCACUGUUGCACACGGUAAUGUGAUGGGGAAAGUUCAAGUAAGUGCAGAAUGCUCUGACUGUACAGGCCACCUUCUGUAGGUGAAAUCUACUGUUUUAUGGAAACGCUGCUGAAGAUAACUUGUAUUGUCAACUCCUGUAUGCUAAAAAGAAAAGCUGUCCUGUUGUCUCAAAAUUCAAGCACUUAAGGAAAUUGGAAAUGUAUUUGAAUAAAAUACAUAUUUUUAGCAAA